UAAUUAAAAUAAUAUUUGAGAAACCUUCAAUGAAGGUGACCUUAUCGUUUUCACAGGGGCGGAGUACAAUUAUGUAGAAAAGAAAAAAAUAAUACCAUUGCCAUUGUGACAAGAAAAGAAAAAAAAACACUGCCAAAUCUCGUGAAAAUGGUCGACGGAAACGCUGUUUGCAUCAGUUUCAAUAGAUGGGAGGAUACGAUACGGCACUCCUUUGUCAGCCAUCUCUCGGCUGAGUUUCACCGCAAAAGCAUUUCUUUCUCCACCUGCCAAAACUCUGAUGCAGCUAUAGCGAAGGCUAAGGUUUCUGUGGUGAUUUUAUCUGAGAAAUCUGUUUCGAACUAUCGGUUCCUGAACGAGUUAGUGAAGGUUUCUGCGUGCCGGAGCAGCCACGGCCUGCUGGUGCUUCCAGUUUUCUAUGGACUCACGAAGUCAGUUUUGAGGAAAUAUUGCUUGCUGUUGAAAAAGAUGUAUCCUGAAGGCCCAGUAGCCGAGUGGCGUAAUGCUUUACUUGAAAUCGCAGACUUGCGAGGAUACGCAUCAUCUCUUGAACGAAGCGAUUCCGAGCUUGUGGAGGAGAUUGUUGCAGACGUGCGUCAAAAGCUUGACCUUGAGGGUGCAAUUGGAGUCUACUCAAGAUUGAUGAAGAUACAAAACUUGAUCCACAAGCAACAACUAGGCAUUCGAAGCUUAGGGAUUUGGGGUAUGGGAGGCAUAGGGAAGACGACACUUGCUAAAGCAGCUUUAAAACAAUAUUCGGGUGACUUUGAAGCGUCUUGUUUCAUCGAAGACUUCGACAAUGACUUUCAGGAGAAGGGAGUCUAUGGGUUAUUGGAGAAACACUUGCGGGAGAAGGUUGGCUUAAGCAGUCAAGUUACAAGACUGAGCCUCCUUAUAGACACACUACGCCAAAAAAGAAUUCUCCUUGUUCUUGAUGACGUGCGCAAGCCACUGGGUGCAACCACUUUUCUUUCUGAAUUUGACUGGCUUGGUCCUGGAAGCUUGGUAAUCAUAACUUCCCGUGAUAAACAAGCACUUGUACAGUGCCAGGUCAACGAUAUAUAUGAGGUUCAGGGCUUAAACAAGCACGAGGCUCUUCAGCUCUUGUCCCGAUGUGCAUUUGCGAAAGAUGUACCAGAUGAAAUACUCAUGGAGCUGUCUAUGAACCUCGUUGACUAUGCUGAAGGAAACCCUUUAGCUCUCAGCAUUUUUGGUGAAGAACUAAAGGGGAAAACGCUGUCUGAAAUGGAGAGUGUUGUCGGAAAACUCAAGCGUCCUCUUCCCGUCAAGAUUUUUAAUACACUCAAGAUCAGCUAUGAUACACUUGGUGACACCGAGAAGGAAAUAUUUCUGGAAAUAGUGUUUUCCUUUAGGGGAGUGAAUAUCGACGACGUGAUGCAGUUUCUUGAAGGUUGUGGAUACUUUCCUCGAGUUGGAAUCGAUGUCCUUAUGGACAAAAGUUUGGUGACUGUUUCAGACAACAGAGUACAAAUGCAUAAUUUGAUAUACGAUCUUGGUCUCCAAAUCAUUAAGGAUCCAACUGAAGAGACUGAGAUGGCUUAUAGAUUCGUGGAUGCUUCCAACAUUCAAUCUCUCCUUGAAGAAAACGAAGACGGAGAUCCUGAAGCAGCACCAACAAUGUGUAUUGAAGAUAUAAAAGGCAUUAGCUUGGACAUGUCAAACAUAGACUUUGAAGGUCAUAUUGCGUUUAAGGAAAUGUACAACCUUAGAUCUCUGAAGGUUCACAGUUCCAAUCCUGUUGAGAGCCCCGUAUUAUGUCUUUCCGAGGACCCUCAGUCUUUGCCGCCUGAGCUAAGACUUCUCUACUGGACAUAUUGUCCUCUGAAAUCAUUGCCACAAAAUUUUGAUGCUCAGUAUCUUGUGGAACUCAAUAUGCCAUGCAGUCAAUUUCGGAAACUUUGGGGAGGAACCAAGAAUCUUGAGGUGUUAAAGAGGAUCACGCUCAGCCAUUCCCUUCAACUAGUUAAUGUUGAUGAACUUCAACAUUCUCGAAACAUCGAGUUAAUUGAUCUCCAAGGAUGUUCAAGUUUAAAGAGUUUUCCAGACAUGGGUCAAUCACAACAUCUCCUAGUUGUUAAUCUCUCAAACUGCAUAGAGAUCAAAAGUUUUCCAAAGGUGCCACCGUCUAUCAAGAAACUGAAUCUCCAGGGAACUGGCGUAAGAGAGUUAAUAACCCUUGAUAGCUUUUCUAAUCAAGAUCUUGGCAAUCUUGUUAUCUUGAAGCUGAAAAACUGUUCUAACUUGAGAAGUCUGCCUGACAUGAUCACUUUUGAGUCUCUCGAAGUUCUUAAUCUUUCUGGCUGCUCAGAACUUGAGAAGAUUCAGGGUUUGCCACAAAACCUGAAAGAGUUAUAUCUGGCCAAUACUUCCAUAAAUGAAAUUCCAUCUUCUCUGUGUAAACUUUUAACACUAGAUAUGGAGAAUUGCAAAAGGCUUCGACACGUGCCAAUGGGUAUGUGUAACAUGAAAUCUCUUGCCAAGCUGAAACUAUCUGGCUGCUCAAAUCUUGAAAACAUUCAGGAUUUUCCAAGAAACCUCAAAGAGUUAUAUCUGGCAGGCACUGCGGUAAAAUCAUUCCCACCACCGUUUCUUGAGAAUCUCUUUAAGCUUGUCAUAUUAAGUUUGGAGGAUUGCACAAAGCUUCGGCAUCUACAAGUAGGAAUGAGUAAGUUGAAAUCUCUCGUCACGCUCAAACUCUCUGGCUGCUCGGAGCUGAAGACUAUAGUUGAUUUCCCUCAAAAUCUUAAGGAGUUAUAUCUUGGUGGCACUGCCAUUAGAGAACUGCCAUCUUCUAUUGGGGAUCUCGCUGAACUUGACACACUAGAUUUGAAGAGCUGCAAAAGACUCCGACCCUUGCCAGUAGAAAUGCAGAACCUGAAUCCUCUCAAAGUUCUUGAUAUUUUGAGCUGCACAGACCUUGAGGUAGUUACCACUACUCUCCCAAAAGUCAGAGAAUUACGUCACGUGUAUACAGUCAUGCCACUUAGAUUAAAGCUGCCAUCUUCUGUCUCAAGAUUCUAUGAACAGAUAGUCACUUUGUCUCUACAUAAGGCACGCUUGGAACACAUUCCUGAAGAUAUUUGUUUGAUGUCUUUGCUAAAGAAAUUGGAUCUUAGUGGCAACUGUUUCAGAAAUAUUCCAGUAAGCAUCAAGGAGUUUUCUAAACUACUAAGUCUAAGGUUAUGCCAUUGCAAAAACCUCAGAGUACUCCCACAGCUUCCCCAAAGUCUACAGCUCUUGAAUGCGCAUGGUUGUUCAUCUUUGAUAUCAAUUCCUUUAGACUUCUUUCAGAAUUCUAGGUACUAUACAUUCAGUAAUUGCUUUGAUCUUUCUCCUUACAUGGUCACCUACGUUUUCUUACAAGCACAGGCUACUGUAGAAGAACACAUGAGACCACAACGUCAGCAGCAACUCGAAAAACUUCUGGCUGUCAGGCUGUGUCUACCUUCACCUAGAAGUCGAAAUUCUAAAUAUAAUAGACUACACCCCUAUCUGGAACCAGGAUCUUCUGUAAUUAUAAGACUACGCCCCUAUUCAAGAAGCAUGCUCUUGGGAUUUGCUCUAUUCGUUGAAGUUUCUUUCUCAAAGGAUUUUCAUGAUGCUGCUGCUGGUUUAGGCUUCAGGUGUGUUUGCAGGUGGAAGGAUAAGAUGGGCCAUGGUCAUAGUCUUGAGAAUGUUUUUCAGUGUAUGCCUCCAGGAGAAGCUGUUCCUAAGAUUACAAAAGAUCACAUGUUUGUCUUCUUUGACCUCAAAAUGCAUCCAAGUACGUGUGGAGGAGAUGUCACAGGUAUCUUGGCUGAUCUAGUUGUCUUUGAUUUAUACCCUGUCAACAAUGAGGAGAAGCCUAUAGGUGAUAGUCUCAAGGUGAAGAAUUGUGGAGUCUAUGUGUUUAAUGAUGCAGCUGGCAGUUCAAAUCGAAACAGCACGAGAAAACUUUUUGGGUCUUCGUUGGAUCGAUCUAGGCUUUCAGAAGAUGAAGUUAAAAGAAGGUUGAGAGUUAGUUAUGAUGGCUUACAAAAAAGAGAAAAAGAUGUAUUUCUUUACAUAGGAUGUUUGCUCAGUGAUGAGAAAGUUGAUAUGCCAUUACCCUUUCUUGCUAGCAUUGACUCUGGGUCAACGCUAGAGGUGUUAGCCAGUAAGUCUCUCAUACAAAUAUCUUCCAAGGGGGAGGUUACGAUGCAACUUUUGCAAAGAAAAUUGUGUAGAGAAAUUGUUCGUAGAAAAUUCAUGCUGCAUGCUAGCAAAAAAGAGUCGGUAUCUGAAUUGCUUGGCAGCCGGGAGUACCGUCACUUUUUGAACUUCAAUAAGGAAGAUGUUAAGAAAAGUUUCAUUAGUUACUUUAUCUACAAGCUCAAGAUCAAUAGACUUCGUGCACUCCAAGAUGAUCAGAUCCUAAAACGUUUGCUGACUGGCAAGGCUAUAAAGGAAUCAAUCAUUGCGGGGACAGGCCUUGGAGAAGCUAUUGUAGACAGAAGAAGAAAGGUAGGACAGAGGAGUCGACUAAUGAAGUGAAGAGAAGUGCUGAUCUGAAUAGGCUGUUGAGAGUUAAUGGUACAAUUCAUCACUUCAUACAUCUCUGGAAACCUCUCCUCAAGUGGUUUAUGAGCGAGAUCCUCCAGAGUUGUUGAGGUUUGAAGAAGAAUCCACCACAAAUUCAAGUUGGAAACCAUGUUAAAAGGAAGAGAUGCUACGCACAUAGACAUCAAGGAUCAUCUGGUCAAACAUCAAGGCAUUAAUGAAGAAUAACACCGGAAAACAUCGACGUUAUUUGGAUUUUGUUGGGCUUUUUCAAGCCAUGUCCAACUCUUCCUAGGCUGAAUAGUACACUAUUGUCAACUUUGGACCGAACAAGUAAAGCCCGCAUGAGUUUUAUCUAAACUAAUGUGAGACUUUGUUUGCAUUCAGAACAAACAUUGUUGGGUUUUUCCAAGUUCAUGUCCAACUCUUCUUAAGCUGACUAAUACGUUAUUUUUCACUUUGGACCAAACAAGCAAAGUCUGCAUUGAUUUGGUUUUGGGCUCAUUCUCAAAAGAUCUCGUACUAAUCAGUUGGACAUCAAUUUAUACACUAGACAUUAUUUGUCUAAACUUGG